AUGGCGAACCAGUCCAAAGCCACCCUUGUACGCGAUCGAGUCACGCCAAAGCUGCACAUCGCUCACCAGAUUUGGGAGGUCGUUGCGCGGGCGUCCUUCGGACAGCGCAUAGUCCAGGUCGAAACCACAACGCCGGAGGAGCUGCGAGCUGUCUGGGCAGUAGCUGAGGGUCAAUAUGGGUGCCCACUACCUGAGGAACUGUCGCGAGAAGACCAACUUGCGUUCAUAUCAUACAGCACUUGCGACGAGGUGUCAUAUAUAUUCCUUGAGCUCUUGAAGCACCUGCUGGGCGAAGACAUAGAGUCUAUCUCUUGGUGGCGCAUCCGCCCCAAACAAUCGCGCAAAGUGUGGAUUGGCAUGGAGGACGACGAGGAAGAGGAGCUCUACGACCACAGCCACCUCCGCGUCCAGCUCGUCGACGGGACGGUCCUUAUACCAGAUUUUACGGGCUAUCAGCAUGGCUGGCCAUUCGAAGUGGUGGAGGCGGAGGAAUACUAUCAGGAGCGCUGCGAGGAGGGUACGGAGUCGUGGGAAGUACCUGCGGAUGACCAAGAGCACCAAGAGUACAGCUAUGCGGCGCAGCUUCGCAAGGUUAUGGUCGAAGCUGUUGAUCUGAUGCGUCGGAAGGUCUUCGACGAGGCGAUCGAGCUGCCCAAAGAGGAGAGUAAGGACAUAUCGGACAUGUUAGAAAUGGUCCGGGAGGAGGUGAGAGAUUUCUGUGCCCGUUGGGGAGAGCACAUGAUGAGGGGCGUUCUACACAGGCCUGGCGGACCUUCGGCUGGAUAG